GGCAGGCAGCCUGUCUCCUCCUCCUCAGCCAGGACUCUCUAGGGGACGGCACUUCAAGGCUGGAUGGCACAGCAGCCCUGGCCUGAGGGGUCUUCAGCACCUGGACUCACAGCUCUUCCUUCAGCCCUGAGGUCUCCUGCUCCAGGCAGAGGACAGGGACACCCCCUCUUGCAAGCUUGUGCAUUCCGUGACUGCUCUAGGGACUGCAAGAUCUGGAGUAAACACCCCUCCAGGGCCAGGGCAGAGUUUCAGCUUUUGUGGCCAUCGAUCCCCAAGCACAGAUGAGAUGGGAUUCAACAAUCCUAGCUGCUGGUUUGAAAAGGCACCAAGCCAGGACUCUGUUCCUGGUGACUGUAGCAUUACAGAUUAUCCAAAUGGGAAACAGCUCCCGGAGCGAACAAGACGGUGCCAGCGAAGUCAGCAAUAUCCUAUCUUCAAAGCUCCCGGGGACGCCACUGGACGGGACCCUGAGUAAUUCCAGUAGAGAGAACGGCAGCCAGCAGGGGUGGCGCCCACAAGAUUCCCCUCCCAACGCCAGGACUUUUGGAGAGAGUGUGGUCCCUGGGUCCCGCUGCUGCCACAAUGGAGGCACCUGCGUUCUGGGCAGUUUCUGCGUGUGCCCCGAGCACUUCACGGGCCGCUACUGCGAGCAUGACCAGAGGCGCAGAGACUGUGGCGCCCUGGGGCAUGGCGCCUGGACCUUGCGCGGCUGCCGCCUCUGCAGGUGCAUCUUCUCAGCCCUGUACUGUCUUCCACGCCAAACGUUUGGCCACUGUGAUCUGAAAGGCUUCCUCUCUUCAGGAGCCACAAGGGGAUCAAGUGCAAGCAGUGCUCUGAGCCUCCUGUUCCUGCUGCUUGGCCUCCUCCUGCUGGGUGUGGCUGGUGAAGGCUGAGGCUCCGAAGUGCCAUGACAGAACCCCCUCCUGGGGCAGCAAGGAGUCACCCGUGAUUGAUUGCACAUGGCAGGACAGUGCCCUAGUGGGCGGUGUACAUCUGCAAGGAGUCACCCGUGAUUGCAUGUGGCAGGACAGUGUCCUAGUGGGUGGUGGGCGUCUGCUUCAAUGUUCUAUGUUGUAAAUAACUGAGUGGCUGAGCUAUGCUGGAUCCUCGUGCUGUGCAAUAAACAUAUUCAG